UAUAACGAAAAGUCCACCUAAAGCGUAUGUUUUCAUUUCCAUUGCAGCUUGCUUUCUACUCUUAGCUGCAGUGCCGACGUUUGCGAACUUUGUGAAGUCAAUACGAGAAUUCUCAUUUUGAUUUUUUUCGCUGUUGACUUCUUAAAACCAUCAUCUUUUUUUUCGAUAAGUGCGGUCUGGUGCAUUGUAACUAUUUGUUAUUGUUUCUGUUUACACCUAAUCGCACGUAAUCUUGUUCUAUCCUCGAAAACAUACGACGAGGACGUGUAGCCCGAGUGAGAAGAUAAAUUGGCAGGGAUUUUUUCUUGGAACAGCGACAAAGAACAAGGUUGUCCUUUUUCACUAUAUUGUUUUGUUUACAAUGAAAGCACAGGUGGACUUGAACAAUAGCUAGAAAUUUUGUUCAGUGCACGAACUUCAUUUCCUAUAAUACUUUAUAUGCAAUGCUAUCAAUCAUUUCUUUGUCAAACUACAGCAAAGUAUAGGCUUCUCCUGGCAGUGAGCCGUAGUGCAAGACCUCGUCAGUGGGGAGAAUGGAUGCUAGUACCCGUCUCAUCAGUGUUUUGCUCUUUAGUUUGGCCGGGCCAUGCCAGACCGAAUCAUCCUACGUAAGCACCUUGCAUUGUCAGCGACUGGUGCCACCCGCUGUUACUUCCGCUCUGACUCCCUGCCGAUUUCCAUGCAUAAUGAAAUACCUAAGAGCACCUUCCUCUAUUAUUAUGCAAUCUGAACCUGAUGGAACACCGUGCAGGCAUACGGGCCAUUGCCGUGGAGGGGCCUGUCUCGAUAUUGGCAAUUACGCUGCACCAGAGCACUUCGAAUGGGGACCCAGCUCCGGCAUAACAAGCUACCACAACAGCAAUACCAACGCCGACACUCAUGCUGGCCGCACUGCAGUCUCAACUGGCGGCGGCUAUGCGAGAUACGGCUUUCUCAGUGGAGCAAAAGUAAAUCCGUAUACCGACCAAAUUAUGAGGGAAAAUGAAAAGGAACGCGGCGCACCUUUAUUUCCCAGCGAACUGAGCGCUCUAAAUGCACUUGAGCAUCUGUUACGUAUGAAACGUGCUGCGCCACGGUCCGAAGAAGGGCGCCGCGGAAUCGAACUGACUGAAAGUGGAAAGUACAUUUCCCUGGCAAGAGUCAGAAGGAGUAGUAAAACGCGCAGAAUAACGAUAUAUGAUGUUCGUCCUCAAAGCCAUUAUUACGUCCCAACUCAUUCCAAUAGAAACACGUACGGAGCUCGAAGCGGCGUGUAUGACCCACCGUAUGGCCCACGCAACCCUGCUGUCGUUGUAGUUCACUCGCCGCACAAAAAAAGUAGAGCUAAAAGUUUACUGAAAGGAGCGGCUAUGGGUGUGGCCGUAGGUGGCGCGGGUGUCGCUGCUUACUCGCUUCUUGGAGGAGGAAAUAAGCACAAACACACGAGUUCCCGCGGAGCUGCAGGUGCAGAAGGCAAAUCCUCUCAGCCGAAUAGACCCGACGAGGAGGUGAACGCAGUUGGUGCUCAAGGCACCGCGACAGGAAAUACAGGCCACGCAGGAAUCAGCACGCCGGAGGGCAAUGACGAUGCAGAAAACGACGACAAGAAGGAAACUGAUGGUGCUGAAACUGGCACGAAAGCCGAGGGCGCUGAAACGGGCGCGACUGAUACUACCGGCACCAACGAGGCACGCAAGACCAACAGCAGUAAAAAUGAAGCUAACGAGGACGCUGGAACUGACAAGACGAAUGAAAACCGAUAAUACUGGAACGGACACUUCAGACCUCACGAACAGUACAGCACCAGCUUUAUCACGAAAGUCCAGGUUACUGGAACGAAUGACACCGAGAAAACCGAUACCACCACAAUAGGCACAUCCGCAGCUGCUGGAUCCAGCAGCACCGAGAAAAACACCUACAACAGGGACAGUUCUCCUUCUGCACUCCCGACAGCACCGGUGCACACAGAAACACGGGGAGGAUCAAAAGUAUCAGUGAGAAUCGACGUAACUGGCAUUAACAUCGACGUUGACAACCGCCAUGAAGGGAGUAGAACUUAAUAAAAAUAAAUAGUCCACUGGAGGCACAUCUUGAACUUACGAACAUAAAUGGCUUUGACAGAGGGGUCAUCUCAGAAGCAGCCUAACUCUCACGGGCGAGAGUUUCCGUGUCGCCACUGGUAAACUGCUGAUGGAGUAUAGACAGGCAAAGGGCAAAGGCUUCAAUAUAUUUCCAUUAGUAGGGGCGUCUGUCAUUUAGCAAUAGCUAAAAAAUAGGCAUGUCAUCAUACAGCGGUGCUUAAUCGUGAUGAUUAGGAUAAUAUUUUAGCUAUGUAACCAGCACGUCCCGUUUCGUGGUGACUGCGGAAUCGAAUACGACAGUCAUGCAAUUGAGAACUGAGAAAUAAUUUUCUCCAAGUAGAGCUCCACAGGCCUAAGCCUUAGUCUAAGCGCACGGGCGUUUUGGCAUUCCCAUUCAAUAUUAUUUCUUCCCAAUUACUUUUGCAGGACAACAAAAGAGGUGACUUAUAAUUGCCAGUCAAAUCAUCCAAUAAGUAAAGCGUCUCUCACGCCAGAACACUACCAACGGAUAUUUCGAAAGUCCCAUUAGCGAAACAAUUGCUAUAUGUGCCCGCUUGAAGUAAUGAACGGCUUCAAUUGGACGGUUUCUAAAUAGAAUCGUAGAACUCGAAUGUAACUCAAGCUAGUGGAACGUUACUUUGUGAUUUUCUGAUGACAACUUACCUGUACGCUAUAGGAUGUAUUUUGCAGGUUGCCGCUACUUGGCUCGACUUAGGUGUGUUGUGUCAUCAUCGAAAAGGGAUUUUUCAAUUCCAGGAAAAAAGUUUGUUUAAGAAAUUAGCACGAUUAUUUUUCUAUAUUUAGGUUAAAUAAAAUUCUCU